CAUUUCCGCAUCCCGGAUAUUAUAGUGGCGUCGUUGUUAUGACAAUGUGACGUUUUUUUUUUUUUUUUUUUUCUUUUUUUUAAUGCAAGUUGUAGCGAUAAAUAAAGUUUCAGUCAGGUGACAGAGUUUGGGUUUUCACGUCCUCGAAACUUUUUUAAAUGGCUUCUUGUGCACACGAAGAGUUUGAACUCAGCCAGAAACAUGAAGAUAUACUGGGGAAAAGAGCAUUACUGCUGAAGCAGAUGGAAGCGCACUAUGAACAGCAGAAGGCUCAGAAGAAGCAGCAGUGUGUGAAGUCUCAAGCAGCGAAGGAGAGGAAUGCUCAGAUCCUUAAGGAUUUUCAGAAUGCUGAAAAAAAUCUUCAAACCAGACAGCUCCUUCAUCCAGAUAUUAUUAACCUUGAGACUCUUUAUUGGGCCUCAAUUGAACGGGAACUACCAGCAUGGGAGCAGUAUUUACUUGGGAAAGGAAAACCGCCAGUCAGUGAGUCUGGGAGAUUGCUUAGGCAACAGAGACAGAAAACUAGACAGCAAGAUCCCUCACCUGUACAAUGCAAGGGUAAACCCCCUCGACCAAAACAUAGAUGACCUGUAAAUAAACACAAUUUAAGAUUUUUUGCCCCAAAUUAUGUUAUUUUUAUUCAUUUAUUUGGUUUUUAUUGAAUUUAUUUGAUUUUUUUUUUUAUUUGAUUUAACUUAUAUAUGCAAAAGCAGAGUAAUAAUAAAUGUGUUCAUUGAA